AAACAUACCACGACAUCGUUUUGCUACCAAAAAUGUUGAAACAGUACGCAUAUGUGAUCUUCCAUUUCAUAUCUCAUAAACCCUAGAAAUCUCAUAUCUCAAUCAUCAAAAUCAAAAUGUCAGACAAUCUUCCCUUCGAAAUCCAAGAGAUAAUCAUCAACAAGCUUCCAGUGGAACCCUUGAUUCGAUUCCGAACAGUCUGCAAAGCAUGGAAGUCCCUCAUCGACAGUUCCGAUUUCAUUCGAAAUCAUAUCAAGCAACAACAACAUCAACAUCUGCUCGUAAGGUAUCAUGAUGCUCUUCAUCUCGAGCUAAAAUAUGUUCCAAUUGCUGACAAUGAUGAUGUUACUUUCCCCCAUCAUAAGGUUCCUGUUACUAUUCCCCAAUUGGCAGUUAAUUCGUUUAAUCAUUUUCAUUAUACAAGAAUUGACAGCUCUCACGGAUUAUUGUGUUUGUUCGGUCCCGACAAUAAAGCGGUUAUUUGGAAUCCUUCUAUUAGGAAAGCGGUUGAUGUUGUUCUGCCUCAUAUGGUACUUGGUGAUGGGAUACAUAUAAAUGUUUUAGGGUUUGGGGUUUGUCCGGAGACUAUAGACCCGAAGGUUAUUAAAAUUAGGAUUAAUACGGAAGAUGUGAUCCCGUGGCAGGUUGAGGUGUUUACGCUAAGCACGAGGGUUUGGAGAAGUGCGUAUAGCAGCAAUGUACCGAGCAAGUGUUUUUGGUUUGGUGGGGAACAGGUGGUUGUAGGUGGAGUUGUUUAUUUUCUUGUUAGUGAUAGGGUUGAUGGUAGAGAUGGGUGUGGUAAUUUGAUUGUUUCGUUUGAUCUGACAAGUGAAGAGUUUGGAGAAGUGAAGCUUCCGGAUUGCCUAACUUAUACUCAUAAAUUGUCUAUGCUUAAGCUAAGGGAGUCACUUGCUGUGAUUGAAGCCGGUCUAAAGGAAGUCGACCUCGGUCGAGGGUACUAUAAACGAGCUUACCAUGUAUGGAGGAUGGAGGAUGGUGUUUCAAAGUUGUUUAAAAAGCUCUUCACUAUCGACUACCUACCAGAUGGAUCAGACGUUGAUAUAAGGGGCUUUAGGAAGACUGGUGAAGCUUUACUCGAAUGGCUAGCUCCUCCUGACUUCAAUGGAACACUUGUUGCUUAUGAACCUUAUUCUAAAGCCAUCACUAAUCUUGGGAUUAAUGGAAGUUAUAUUUCUGGGUAUUCCUUCACAGAAACACUGCUUCUGCUUUGAUCAGCCCGUUAUUACAGUUUUUGAAAAAGCUAAAGCAAUACAAUACCUGAAGAACACUCUCACUUAAACUGGAAGGAAGGAAGGUCCCAGUCUCAUACAACUUAACUUUAUUGUUUUCACUGAUUCUAACUGUACCUGUUGGCGGUGAAUGGUAUUUACUUAAGACCGUAAAAGAACCGCUUUGUUUCUAUGGAUAGUUCGUAAUAUGAGGCUGAGAGUGAUGGAACUUGACAUUAAUCACAAUCUCAGUCAAUCUACAUAUGAAGUUCAUCCUAGUGAUUUCAUGUAAUGGCAGCGUCGUGUCGUGUCGAUAAUUUGAUAGAAUUGUGAUA